UAGCGUCACGUCCGGAACACUCCCGCGCCGCCGGAGGAGAUGAGGGGCAGGUCGCGCCGCCGCCGGAGGAGGAGAGGAGGGGCAGGUCGCGCCACCGUCGCUCGGGGAGAGGAGGGGCAGCCGCCGCCGGAAAAGAGGAGGGGCGGGCGCGCCGUCGCUGGGGAGAGGAGGGGCGGGUGCGCCGUCGCUGGGGAGAGGAGGGGCGGCCGCCGCCGGAGGAGAGGAGGGGCGGGCCGCGCCGUCGCUGCGGGAGAGGAGGGGCGGGCCGUGCCGUCGCUGCUGGAGAGGAGGGCCGGCCGCGGCGGAGGACAAGGUCCAUCGCUGCAGAAGAGCCGUGAGUAACUGAAGUCAGCAUGAGUGCUCUGCUCUGAAAAUUGAGAACUCUGUUGUGCCUCACAAUUUUCAGUGUUGUGGGAUGGCAGAAAUUGGUAAGGGAAUACCUCAAGUUGGUAUGAGGUUCAGAAGUGUAGAUGAGGCUUGGGCAUUUUGGAAUGCAUAUGGGGGUCACACCGGCUUUGAUGUGAGAAGGAGAUACGCAAACAAAAGCAGACUUGAUGGUCAGGUUGGUUCAUGCAGAUUUGUUUGUUCCAACGAAGGUCAUCGAAGAAAAGGGCUAACUGAGACAGCGCCAAAGCGUUUUAGAGCUGAAACAAGAACCAAUUGCCAAACUCGUAUGUGUUUCCAAUUGGAUCGAGAGGCCGGAAAUUAUGAAGUAACUGAGGUUGUGCUUGAACACAACCACUUGCUUCAAUUGCCACAAACCCGCCACUUGAUGAUAUCCCAAAGAAAGAUUUCAGAACGACAAGCUUUUGAAAUUGAAACCACUGAUGAUUCCGGCAUUAUGCCACAAGCUGCACAUGAGUUUGCUUCUCGUCAAGUUGGUGGACCGAUUAACCUUGGAUAUACUUGCCGUGACCAAAAAAUCAUUUGCGAACCAAGCGACAGAGGGAGUUGGCUUUGGACAAGCUGGAAGUAUGUUGAAAUAUUUUCAUGAAAAAAUUGCUGACAAUCCAUCAUUCCAAUAUGCACUACAGUUGGAUUGUGAGGAGGAUAUAACCAACAUAUUCUGGGCUGAUGCUAAAAUGAUCCUUGACUAUGCACAUUUUGGUGAUGUUGUCACUUUUGACACUACUUUUGGCACAAAUAAAGAGUAUAGGCCAUUUGGUGUUUUUCUUGGGAUCAAUCAGUUCAGAGAAACCACUAUUUUUGGUGCUGCCUUGCUGUUUGAUGAAACGAAGGACUCAUUUAUAUGGCUAUUUGAGACUUUUCUAGCUGCACAUAAUGGACGACAACCUAGAACUAUUUAUACGGAUCAAGAUGUAGCAAUGGGAAAAGCUAUAGAGAAAGUAUUCACGGAAUCAUAUCACGGGCUGUGCAGCUUUCACAUUAUGAUGAAUGCUGUCAAACAUUUAUCUCCAGUCAAGGAUGAUGAGAAAGAUGAAGGGGAGGUGGAAGAGGAAGAUGAAGGGGAGGAGGAAUCUCAUAUUCUCUCCGAUUUUAGUGCUUGUAUGUAUGGCUAUGAGGACAAGGCAGCAUUUCAAGAAGCAUUUGACAACAUGAGACAUAAAGUGCAUAAGCAAACUUGGUUAGAUAGCAUCUACAAGGUGAAAGAAAAAUGGGCUGAAUGUUAUAUGGGAGAUGUCUUCAGUUUGGGAGUGAGAAGUACACAACUAAGUGAGAGUUUCAACAAUGCAUUGAAGAACCAUUUGAAAUCUGAUUUCCAUAUUGUCCGAUUCUUGAAGCAUUUUGAGAGAACGGUUGAAGUAAAAAGGAGAAAGGAAUUGGAAUCUGAAUAUGAGGCAAGAAAAAAAUUGCCAAGAAUCAAGAUGUGCACACCCAUGUUGGUGCAAGCAAGCAAAGUGUACACUCCAACUAUUUUUGAACCUUUCCAAAGUGAAUAUGAAAGAUCCAUGGCUGCUUGCACUAGAGUGUUGGAGGAAAAUAACCAGUUUGCUGUUGCUAUUGGGAGGUUGCAUGGUGAUUUGACUUAUGAGGAGGAGGAGGAGCGCAUAGUGAUUGGUGAUCCGUUGAACCAAACCGCUUCAUGUAGUUGUCAAAUGUUCAAUAGGGCUGGAAUAUUGUGUGGGCAUAGUUUGAAAGUUCCUGAUUUGAUGAAUGUAAAGACAUUACCAACACAUUAUCUCCUAAAGAGAUGGACUAGAGAAGCACGCACGGAAGUAUACAUGACAGGCAAGGAAGGAAAGUGGUAGAAAAUCCAAAAUUGGAAGCUCAACUUUGGUACAAAGAUAUGUCUCAUAAAUUUCAUGAUAUGACAUAUAAAAUAGCCAACUCUCUCGAAUGUCGUUUGAUGCCAGAAGAUGCACUUGCUUGUCUUUGGCCACAACUAGAGGAUAAACUCAAUGCAUCAGCCACCGGUGCUACUGAUGCAUGUUCCAAUGACCAAGAAAAUGUUGAUCCAAAUGUGCAGCAAGCCAAUGACUUGCUUAGUUCUGCACGACUGAAGAAAAAGGAGGUUUCAUCUAAAAAUUUGAGGAGAAAGCCAACUUGGUUUGAUAAGUUACGCAAAGGACGAAAGCCAACUAAAUCAGCGACAACGACAAAAAAAGGAGCAAAGCAACAACAACAACAAAAGAAAAAAAAUAGUGCGCAGCCUCAAGUGCAAGUGGAGAACAAUGGCAAUAGUCUGCAACCUGAAGUGCAAGUGCAGGUGAAAGAAAAUAGUGAGAAGCGUCAAGAAUAUGAUGCAAUUGACAGCUUUACCGAGCUCUUGACAACUUCACGAGUUGACGAUCAUAUCUUUAUGAUGAUAUGAUCUAGUAUCUUCAAAGUUGUUAGGUAGUAUUUUGGACAAUGCUAACAACAGUAUUUUGGGGGGUUGCGAUAGUCUCUUUUGGCCUAAAUGUAUAAGUGAAAUGGCCUGCUUUUGUGUAGAUGAUUACUCAACAUUGACACUUAUUGCUGUAGCAUUCGGACAUUAUGCGCUGCAGCCUUUUAAUAUCAAGUUCUACUGGAUUUAGUGUCAA